AUAGAAUUAGAGCCAGGGUCGUCUCUCACGUUUCGUUGGCCGACAUCGUGUCGACUUUCCCCAGCCAGAGCAGAAUUAUGAGGAGGAUAGGAUGCGCAAUUUAAGAAGACGACUGCCACAUCGCGCGAAAGAUUAGAUUAGGUCAUUCUCGUGUGGUGCAAUUUUCUCGUAGAACAUGUGUAGGCAGGAAAGAUUGAAUAUUUUAAAAACGUCGCGAGGCUGAAGGAUAGAGCAAACAAACGCGGGCCCAAGCUCCAAAAUGCGACUGUCAAAGUUGAACUAAAAAGCUCCGUGCAGUCUGCCGAAUAAAUCUGUAGAAAGAAGUGGCAAGGCUGAGAAAUCAUCUAGAAGGCUAUCGUAUCGACAAACCACCGUGAUACUGUAAUUGGUUUCGAACUAUAAAGUUCCGAUUCCUCCUAUCUACAACAUCAUCCCAAUCACUUAAUCAUUGUGAGGUUUCUGUUCGGUCAACAUGUCUCGACAUCAUCCCGAUCUCGUAAUGUGCCGCAAGCAAUCCGGCAUCGCCAUCGGCCGCCUCUGCGACAAGUGCGACGGAAAGUGUCCCGUAUGCGAUUCCUACGUGAGACCGACCACGCUCGUCCGCAUCUGCGACGAAUGCAGCUUUGGCAACUACCAAAACAAAUGUGUCGUGUGUGGCGGAGAAGGCAUUUCCGACGCGUUUUACUGCUUCGAAUGUACGCGACUCGAGAAGGACAGAGACGGAUGUCCUAAAAUUAUAAAUUUGGGCAGUUCAAGAACAGAUUUGUUCUACCAGAAGAAAACGAAUCGGACAGGAUACUAGCCUUCAUGUGGCCUGGGUUUGGGCCGUGGAGGUUGAUGGCUUUUGAUAUACGUGGCAAAUCGAUGUCAUUGCUGGGUAUGUGGUCACGCGGAAAAAGGCA